CCCUGAGCCGCCUCCACACUCGUGUUGAAAAAGUGGAUGGACCCGACCGCCAGCUGUCACGGCCCGGUAGAGCCCGAUUCGGCUAGAGUGCGGAUUUGAAUACUGAUUAUCGCGUCAACUUUCGCAAACAAGCCAUCGUGGUGGUAAUUGUCCAGCUCCCCGGUGCUUCCAAAGACGUCGAUCGAGAUGGCUACUCGGCGCGACUUCCUCAGCCAGCCCGCGCCAGAGAACUACGUGGCCGGUCUCGGCCGAGGCGCAACAGGAUUCACAACGCGGUCGGAUCUUGGCCCGGCGCGCGAAGGUCCCAGCGAGGACCAGAUCAAGGCGGCGGUCGCAAAACGCUCGGCACAGCUCGGGCUCACGGAAGCCAAAGAAGGGGACGAUAACGAGGACGAUAGUAGAUAUCAGGACCCCGACAACGAAGUCGGUCUUUUCGCUGGAGGCAUCUACGAGAAGGAUGACGAGGAGGCCGAUCAGAUAUGGAAGGAGGUGGACGACAAGAUGGCAAGGCGCCGUCAGAGGCAAAGGGAAGCACGAGAGAAAGCCGAGACAGACGAGUACGAACGCAAGAACCCCAAGAUCCAGCAGCAGUUUGCCGAUCUGAAGCGCGCCCUCGGAACCGUCACCGACGAGGAAUGGGCAAGUCUACCCGACGUCAAAGAUCUCACCGGAAGGACCAAGAGGGCCCGACAGGCCCGGCAUGAGAAGUUCUACGCCGUACCCGACAGCGUACUCGCCGCCGCCCGGGACUCGUCCGAGUUUGGGACAACCGUGGCGGACGAUGGCGGAAACACAGAGGCCCAAAAGGGCGGUACGACGACGGAUUUCGCAAAGAUUGGCGCCGCCAGAGACAAGGUCCUCCAGGCGAGACUUGACCAGGCUUCGCACAGCAGCGGCAGAGAUUCGGUAGUCGGUAGCUCUACCAGCAUCGACCCGAAGGGCUACCUGACGUCACUCUCGAAGCGUGAGGGUGCCGAGCAGAGCAUUGGAGACAUCGACCAAUUCCGGAGGAUGCUUAAAUCGGCCGUUGAUACGAAUCCUACCCAUGCUCCGGCCUGGGUUGCAGCGGCAAGGUUAGAAGAGUAUGCGGGCAAGCCUGGUGCCGCGCGUGCCAUGAUUGCAUCGGGCUGCAAGCACUGCCCGAAGAGCGAGGACAUCUGGAUCGAAAACAUCCGCCUCAACGAGAACCGAAACGCAAAGGUCGUCGCAGCGGAGGCCAUCAAGGCCAACCCCAGGUCGGUGCGGCUCUGGGUCGAGGCGAUGACGCUCGAGACCGAUGCCCGGUCGAAAAAGAAAGUCAUCCGCCUGGCCUUGGACCAGAUCCCCGAGUCCGAGGCGCUCUGGAAAGAGGCCGUCAACCUCGAGGAGGAUCCCGAAGAUGCGCGGCUCCUCCUUGCCAAGGCGACCGAACUCAUUCCCGGAUCCGUGGAUCUCUGGCUGGCCCUCGCCCGCCUCGAGGCGCCAGCAAAUGCCCGGAAGGUGCUCAACAAGGCAGGCAAGGCCAUCCCGUCUUCGCACGAGAUCUGGAUUGCCGCGGCGCGGCUGGAGGAGCAGCUGGGCGACGGCGGCAACACGUCGGUAAUGAAGAACGCCGUGAGGUUCCUCGCCAAGAGGUCGGCGAUGCCGAAGCGGGAAGAGUGGAUCGCCGAGGCGGAGAAGUGCGAGGACGAGGGCGCCGUCGUCACCUGCGGCAACAUCGUCCGGGAAACCCUGGGCUGGGGUCUGGACGAAGACGACGACCGCAAGGACGUAUGGAUGGAAGACGCCAAGAGCAGCAUCGCCAGGGACAAGUUCGAGACUGCCAGGGCGAUAUAUGCCUACGCUCUGCGAGUCUUUGUCACUAGCAAGACGCUGUGGCUGGCGGCGGUGGAUCUCGAGAGAAAUCACGGCACGAAGGAGGCCCUAUGCCAGGUUCUGGAGAAGGCGGUGGAAGCCUGCCCACAUAGCGAGGUUAUGUGGUUAAUGCUUGCCAAGGAGAGGUGGCAGUCCGGGGAUCUGGACGAGUCGAGACGAGUCCUCGGCAGAGCCUUCACCCAGAAUCCAGACAACGAAGACAUCUGGCUGGCCGCGGUCAAGCUAGAGUCUGACAACGGAUUCACCGACCAGGCAAGGGAACUCCUAAAGACAGCUCGCCAGAAUGCCCCGACCGACAGGGUAUGGAUGAGGAGCGUCGCCUUCGAGCGUCAGCAGGGCGACAGCGAGGCGGCCUUGGACCUGGUACAGGACGCGCUGCAGCUCUUCCCCGCGGCCGCGAAGCUGUGGAUGAUGAAGGGACAGAUCUACGAAGACCUGGGCAAGGUCCCGCAAGCCCGGGAAGCCUACAGCACGGGCGUGAAGGCGGUGCCGUCGUCGAUCCCGCUGUGGCUCCUGUACUCGCGGCUCGAGGAGCGCAACGGCCUCAUCGUCAAGGCGCGCAGCGUCCUCGACCGGGCGCGCCAGGCGGUGCCCAAGUCGCCCGAGCUGUGGUGCGAGCUCAUCCGGGUCGAGCGGCGGGCGGGCAACGCCAACCAGGCCAAGGCGCUCAUGGCCACGGCGCUGCAGCAGAUGCCCAAGAGCGGGCUGCUCUGGAGCGAGCGCAUCCUGCACCUCGAGCCGCGCACGCAGCGGCGUACCCUCAGCGUCGAGGCCGUCAAGCAGGCCGAGGCCGACCCGACCGUGUCGGUGACGGUGGCGCGGUGCUUCUGGGGCGACCGCCGCCUGGAGAAGGCGCAGAACUGGUUCGAGCGGGCGCUGGUGCUCGACAGCGGCGUCGGCGACACGUGGGCUUGGUACUACAAGUUCCUGCUGCAGCACGGCACCGACGAGAAGCGCGAGGAGCUGCUCUCCAAGCUGCGCAUGGUCGAGCCCAGGCACGGCGAGUACUGGGCAGCCGUGGCGAAGGACCCCAAGAACGCGAAGAAGAAGCCCGAGGAGGUGCUGCGCUUGGUCGCGGCUUCGCUGCAGUGAUACGGGGACGGUCGGUCGGGCCGGUGGGCACUACCGGGGUGAUGAUGUAUUAGGUAGUCUGUACUUGCGUGAUAUCCUGGGAAGAGAAUCCUAAUUCCCUUGUUUGCUACAUGUUCUCUAACACGAAUUCGUGAAUGAUGUACGCAUGGAUACCAUUAGCAUACAUACGGACUUGGCCUGAACAGUUGAGACGUGGUGAUAUUUCAAAGUUACAAGUCAUCCCAACCCCGAGUUGAAAGC